AGUUUCCUUACUAUUUUAAACCAUUUUCAUGUAUGACUGUUGAUGGCCAUGCUUGUUAAAUACCUCUGUCCCAGUAACACAUUCCAACUAUAAUGCUUGCAAUGACCAUGCAUAAACCUUUACAUGAUCAUUUGACUCUUGCAUUGUGUUACUCACGAACGUCACUUUGAGUUCUCAUCUACAUCCUCAUGUUUUUGUACAUUUAUAUCUUUUAAGCUCACACAUGUGCAAAUACUCCAGGCUGACAUGCUGCUUCUCUCUUUCUGUAUGGCUCCUCGUGUGCGUGAAUGUGUUAUCAUCUGCUCGUGUCUGCGUGCACACAUGUGCUUUUAGAUGACCUUUGGGGAUGCCAUGAGGAACAAAGCGAGACUUUCCGUCACUGGGAGUACCGGGGAGAAUGGUCGGGUGAUGACUCCAGAGUUUCCAAAAGCUGUCCACGCUGUCCCGUACCCGAGACCUGACAUGGGACUGAACGUCAGCCUGACAGAUCUGUCCUGAUCGAUGAGAAACUUCUGAGUGCCUUACAAUGGUUUCAAUAGAGCGAGUUUUUUUUCCUCGUGCCCUUCCCUCCCUCCUUCUGUUCUGGCGCUUCGUUUUCUGUCUCUGUUGAAAAGGGAAAGGUAGGAGCUGGAGGCUUCAUUUUGUCUCACACAAAGACUCAUACUGUUGCUUUCUGUCUCUAUUUCUCACCGUAUUAAACGCCUCCCUCUCUGGGUGGAAUUACAUCUCUGAAUGAAAAGGGAGGCUCUUUUUUCUAUACCGAUGACACCAUGCUUUUCCUAUCUAUCUGUCUGGACUGGACUGAGACGGAAACGAGGGCUUGAUUGACGGCAACGGCUGCUUCUGGGAGUUUCUGUCAUCUUUAAAGCGUGUGUGUGCGCGCGAGUGUGACUAGAUUGUGUGAGUGUGUGCGCGAGCGUGUGUGUGUGUGUGUGAGUAAUAGAAGAUGUCGUCAAAAACACACUGUUUCUGUAGCCACCACCGCCAAACAGAUUCUCAAGCACACUUGAUAUCAUCUGCAUUAAGAUGUGAAAUCGUCUUUUUUUUUUCUAAGAAAACUGAAGAAAAAAAAGUUUAAUGAAAAAAUAUUUUUAUGUAUUUUCACAAAAUAGCUUUUAAAUAAACUUGCUUACAUACUGGUUGAAUAAAAACAUCUUAAUGUGUGAUAAAGAAAGAAAAAAUACUAAACAGCUUCUAGUUCCAUAUUUUUAAAGCCAAAUACAUCGCAUAUGGGGGUGAGAUGUUGAAAUCAUGUAAUUAAUUCCUAUCUAAGCUUUCCUGUAUAUUUUAUUCUUUAACAUUUGGUGUUGAUAUGAAAUAUAUGUCAAUGCUUGACAUUUGGACUCAAUCCUUCUCUGUUUUUCUUGUUAGCGUUAGUGCAACGACUUCUUUGCUUUAUUCUUCCGUCUCUUUGUUUGCUUUCGGUGCUUUUGUUGUUUGUAUUUUUUCCUGAAAAAGGACCAGGGUUUGUUCUACUUUCAAGACGAAAACAAAUCUGUUUACAUACCAUGAAUGCAAAACAGAAAACAAGAAACAGUAGGGUACAAUGUCACGGCAUCACAUUUUUGGGGUGAUUUGAAAAGAGGCAUCCACAUCCACAUGGUUCAUGUGGAGGUUCGAAAUGCCAAAUAAGUAAGAGUGCCAAAUCCUAGUGCCAGUAGAUAUGAAUAUAGUCUUAAUAUAAUCAAUCACUGUCAUCUCAGUGAAUGUAAAUGAUACAUUCUGUAACUUUUGUAACUAGAUGUACAGUUGGUGGCAAUGACAGUGCAAAUACAAUAGCCUUUUUUUUCGCUUUGUUUUCCAGUCUCCAUGUAUUUUGCAUCGAUCUGACAAUGAAGUAGCACCAGUUGCAUGUUGUUGCCGCAAGUUCAACAUUUGUUUAUUCCAUUACUGCCAAACAUGCGUUUUCAUUUCAAUGUUCAAGUUGUGAGGUUAACUGUUUGAAAUUGGAAAUACAAUGUUAAACAUAUAUAUAUAUAUAUACACACAAUAUAUACAUAUAUACAUAUAUUUUAUAUAAAAGGUAAAAAUCUGAAAAAUUAUAGCCCCUUUCUCUUUCUCAAAUCAGAGUAACUUUUCUUCUGGAUCGAGAUUCUUCUUUGGAAAUACGGUAUUUCUUUCAGUUCUGCAGUCCUACCAUAAGUUACAAACUUAUGCAGACAAGCACUUCUAAUUUCACACUCAUUUUAACUUUCUUCACUAAAUUGACCAAUGAGGACUCUUCUACUUUUCUUAUCACUGUUGUUUUUUGUAAUCAGAAAUAGAAACAUAUACCGUAGUUGCUUCUCGGUUUCAUUGCAUAUUCAGGCUAUUCUCACUGACAUUUUGUAUAUGGAAUGUGUGCUAACUUGUUUAUUUUUUGGGACUCUUUAUAAAUAAAAGUGGCUGAUCUCUUGCUGCCUCUCA